CUUUAAUUCACUCACUCAAGUGUCGUCAAUCCCUGUGAUUAAACCGAUUAAACCUUCAAUGACUUAAUCUUUACAACUCCAACCUGUCUAGGUAUUUGGUAUUUUCCAAAGUCCACACUCAUAUCUCAUUGUACAACACCAAACGACUAAGCCUUGGUUGCUCUUUAUUUUUCAUAACCCCAAACCCUAGUAAUCUGUGAAAUCAAAACCUAGGUUAGGUACUUAGUUCAGCAGUACAUCCACCACUCAGCUCAUCGCUUAUAAGAGAAAAGGAUCACGAAUCACUAGACCAGAGGCAAAGAUCUUAAUAAGAUCAUCUACCUCUGUCAAAAUGGCCUUACCAAGCCCAGAGACCCAAGCAAAAGUAGCCAGCGAAGCCGCCCAAUCCUUCAUAGAACACUUCUACGAAUCCCUCAGCAAGCGACGCCCCCUCGGCCAAUUCUACGCCUCAACCUCCGCCCGCCUAACCGCCGCGGGCGUCAACCCCGACAUCAGCAUAAACGGGCUCUUCGUCCCCGACGUAUCCGCCUACGAGGCCUUGCUAGAAACGCAAGGCGGCCCCGUAUUCUACGACAUCGCGUCCUUCGACGCGCACCCCGUGAACCCGUGCUUCCGGAUCGGCGAGCCGGAACCAGCCGGCGCGGGCGCGGGAGCGGGAGCAGCCCGCGACGCUACUGCCGCUGCGGCCGUGCGGAACGGCGAUAGGCUGAGCUUCGCGGUCCAGGUUACUGGCGUGGUGAGGUAUGGGCGGGGGCACGGGGAUGGGAAGGCCGGGGAUGCGGUGGCUGUGGGGGGAGGGGGAGGGGGAGGGGGAGGAGUUGGAGGAGGGGAUAAUAGCGGCAAGGACGACAACGAGCCCCUCGAGAAGCCGUUUAACGAGGCGUUUCUGCUGGUGCCGCAUUGGGAGGCUUGGGGGAGGAAUGCGUCGCGCGGGCUGAGGAAGUGGGUUAUUGUUAGUCAGAACUUUCGCGCUCUGUGA